AUGUCAGCCUUACCUGACAGCAUAGCAGCCUUCUCUGCGGACCUGCGCUCCUUUGCAGCUCACACAACAGAGGGCAUCACGACGGCAUUCAGGGAGAGCUGCAAAGAGCUGGUUCAGCAAGCUGCUACCAUCUCGUCUGAGAUUGAGAAGCUGCAAAGUGCCACCUUGGAUGCUGUCUCCCUGGAGGAGCUCCUGAGCCACUGCCUCGCUCUUCACAAGGACAGCCAGCGCAGGAUUGUGGAGUUGGAAGACAGGCUGCGGCAGUAUGGCUACAAGGCUGAGUACAGCGGACCAGUCACAGAGGAUCCCCUUGACCUUUUGGAUCCUCAUGCUGGGACUGCGGAUGCCCAUGCCAAUGUGGCCUGCUGCUUGGCUGAUGGGAAGACAGAGAAGAAUGGACCGGAGCGGCAGGAGGAGAGAUACGGCACCCAAUCACCAGAACCGCUGGGCGAUCUUACAGGCAAGUAUGCGCCAGCAAGCACAUCUACUGUGAGGCAGCUCACAGUCACACCCACCCCGUCUCCUGUGGCUUCCUCCCUCAUAUCUGCUGUCACCAUCAGCCCUUCCCUGAGGGAGCUGCAGCGGAAGUAUGCCAACUCUGGGGAGUCCAAAGUGGGACGUUCAGGCUCAGUGACACAGAGGGACAUGGAAGAGAAGUAUGGUGCCUGUGAAGCUGCCACUCCAGAUGCCAUUGGAAGGAAGCUUGCCUACCUUGCACUGGAGACCCCAGGUGGAGCGCUGAAGGGCUCCCCAUCUCAGCUGGAGGAGAUAGCCAAGAAAGUGGACCAUCUGGCACUGGAGCACCCUCGCUUCUCUCCCACCAACAGGCUUGGCGCUCCAGCAGGCAUGCAUGCAGGCGUCUCAGUGUCGACUGUGAGUGGCCAGUCCCCUCGUGCGGCCAACGCAGCAGCCGGACUGGGGAUGAGCAAGAGCGCUGCAAAGAAGGAGAGCAUCACUGCUCGCCUGUCGGCUGGAGAGCCCCCCUGGGACAUGCUCAGCCUCAAGGCUGCCAUCCACGCUGCCCUGCCAGGCACCGGUGAGGUGGCGCGCAUGAUAAGCAGCGCAAGCUUCCAGCCGCAGGCAGCCGCGUUCACAUCGCUGCUGCACAUGUGCGCCAAAGCCAAGCUUUGGCAGAAGGCGCUGGAAGCGAUGCGCGACUACCACCCGGCAGUGCGCCCCAACACGGUCCACUUCUCUUCGCUCAUCUCCGCCUGCGCCACCGCCGGCCGAUGGGAGGAAGCCAUGCAGGUUUUCUCGCACAUGAAGGCCGCGGCAAAGAGCGACACGGCGUGCGCGCCGAACGUGAUCACCUACUCGGCGCUGAUGACGGCCUGCUGCACGGGCGGGCGACCCGACAAGGCCUACGAGCUCUUCCGCUGCAUGCCCGCCCAAGACAUUCGCCCGGACCACAUCUGCUACUCCACCCUCAUCGCCGGUUUUGAGCGCUACGGGGAUAGUGAGAUGGCGGCGCAGCUGAGCAAUGAGAUGCAGGCGGCCGGCCUGCAGCCCAGUCAGCCUCCCCCAGGGCCCCCCGCUGCCAAGGCGACCCCCUACAUUGACCAGUUUGGGCGCAAGAUCAAGCAGGGGGGGAACCUGGGAUCCCCGCGUCACAGUGGAGGCUUGCAGAUGUCCCCCACCCGCGCGGGUGCAGCGGCUCGGACCCCCCACCCUUCUGUGGGGCACCCCAUAUGGAGCAACCCCUUCCCUGGCAGCCCCAAGACAGGCGGGCAUGGGCACAUGGGAUUGCAGACACCGGGGGGACUGGGCUUGUACGACGGGGGGUCCCUCCAGCAGCAGGCGGAGAACCGUAGCGGCUUCAUCCCCGCCAGCUACGGGACGAUGUAUUCAAAUUUGAACGCGAACGCGCGCGGCGGCUACGGCGUCCCGGUGGAAGAGAAUACGCUCGAGCUGCGCAAGGCCGUGCUGCACACCAGGUCCCCCUCGACAGCAUUCCAGUACUGCGGUGCAGAAGACCUGUCCUGCCUGGACGCUCAGACGCCAUUUCUGCCGCCGGCCGCCACUCCGGCUCAGGGCAUGGCGAGUGCGACGCCCCACCAUGUGAUCAACCCCAACCGCAUGCCCUCCACCGCCGAGCUUCUGCUGGCUGCCCACUCCGGCUCAACUGCCCAGCUGGGCAGGCAGCUCUAUGCCCUGCAGCAGCAGCAGGCCAACCAUGCCGCCGCCCAGGAGCCCCGCCGCAGCGUGAGCUUUGCUCCAGGAGUUGGGAGUCAGCCGGCCGGGGGCAGCCCAACGAAGGCAUCAGAGGGGUUCAGCCUGUUCCAGAGCUCGCACCUGCCCCCCAGCAGCCGCUCCCAAGGCCCCACUUCCGUCGUACCCUCGCCCUUUGCACAACAGCAGCACCAGGCUAGCGCUGCGUACAAAACGGGCCCGGACGCGUUUGCGGCGGCUGGAGAGCGGCUGCAGCGCUAUGAGGCGCCCCCGGGUUCCCCGCUGGCAUCUGCGCGCCGGGGGGCCGCCCCCCACUCGCGCACCAACAGCCGCUCCUUCGAUGCCGCCCCCGGGUCCCCCCUCGCCUCCCGCUGCCCUCCUGCUGAGGCAGAGUCAGACAACCUGCAGCAGGCUGCAUGGAAUGGAGCAGCCGCUGCUCACCUCUACACCAGCCUGAGCCACCAGGGGAGCGCGUCGCUGCAGGCGCACCUGUCCGGCAGCUUCAACGGAGGUUCCCUGCAGAGCCAGCCCUCAGGUGCCUUCGGGCCGGCUUCCGAGUCUGCCUAUGGCCUGCCGCCCUGCGGCCUGAACAGGCAGACCAGCUCCGGCUUCCAGGGGCAGCACUCGGGCAACCUGUCGGCCUAUCUUAGCGCCAGCUCGCUGCUGAGUCAGCACUCCGGCCUCCCGGCAGGCUCCGAUCUCAGCCGCCAGCAGAGCGCUAUCAGCGUCGGGCCAUUUAGCCAGACGUCCGGCGACUUCGGGACAGCUGCCGCGCAGCACAGCACGGGCGGCUAUGACUACGGCGGAGGGCACGCCGCAAACGGUGCGACAGCAGCUUCGGCGAAUGCUUGGGCGGACAACGUGUUCUCCCGGGCGGCUGCCGCACAGCCAUCCGGUCAGCCGGCACAUGCCGGCAGCAUGCACGCUGCGCCAGCUGUCAGCUCAUCAGCCGAUGCACCCAACAUUGUCUCCCCGGAGGAAUAUGCUGGGCUGCCUCUGCGGCUGUCCCGGCAGCUGCAGCUGGGGGCGAUCAACGAGGGGCUGGCGUUCAUCAGUCGGGGAGUGCAGGCGCAGCUGGCGCGCGGCUUCCCGCUGGACGCAGCAGGCAUGAGGGUGGAGGAGCUGGAGGCUCUGGGACUGGGCCACAGCCAGAAGACUGCGCUGCUGCAGAGCCUGCUGCAGCUGAAACGCUUGCGCCUCAUCAUGCGCGACACCCACCGCACCUACACCCUCGCCUGA